CAGAGACCAUACAGAAUCAUGUGGCAUUAUUUGGUCCUGCUCCUGGGAGCUGUAGUCUGCUCACAAAACAGCAACAACAGCCCACUCUCUGGAACCAUCACUUCACCCAAUUACCCUAAACUGUACCCGAACUUCAAUGAGAGCACCUGGGAUAUUAACGUCCCUGAAGGUUACCACGUAUCCCUCAACUUCUCGGUGUUUGAUAUUGAACCCUCCGAAAACUGUUCCUGUGGCUUUGUUAAGGUAAUGGCUGACGGGAAGGAGCUGGGCCAUUUCUGUGGUCCCAUGAACUCAUCAGCUCAUCCCGGCAACCGCCAGUUUGUGUCACAAGGAAACCAAAUGACAAUUCACUUCCAGUCCAAUUUCUCCGAGGAGAUGGAUGGGGGCAUCAUUCCAUACAAAGGUUUCCAGGCCUUUUAUCAGGCCAUUGUUGUGACCUGUGAAGAUCCUCCGGUUCUGACCAAUGGACAAUACAAGUUCCUGACGGCACCAGGCAACCUGGAAUACGAAUCCGUUAUUCAAUAUCACUGUAACAGUCCAUACUACUACAUGGUGACCCCUAAUGGCAGUGACACGUUCUCAUGUUCAGCCCAGCGAGACUGGAGAGAUGAGCACGGAGGAGAUAAGAUCCCAAGGUGCAGACCAGUAUGCGGGAAGCCAGAAAAUCCAGUGACAAGCUUUGGGCGCAUCCUUCACGGUAAAAAGGCUGAGCCUGGGAACUUCCCUUGGCAGGUUUAUGUCUCAAGAUAUGGAACGGCCGGAGGGGCACUGAUUGGAGAGCAGUGGGUGCUCACAGCAGCCCAAGUACUUCCUGAUAAUGUUGAGAAGCAAGACCUGAAUGAUGUGCUUGUCUAUAUGGGGAGCUUGAAGAUGAAAAACCUAAUGGAAAUGGACACCUACCCGGUUGAGGCAUUCUAUAUGCACCCUAACUUCAACAGGAAUAACUAUGACAAUGACAUUGCUCUUAUCCGGUUGAAAAAUCCAGUGGUCAUGAACCAAAAUGUGUCUCCAAUCUGCCUGCCUAGCCCAGAGGAUGAAGAUGACAUUUACCAGAAAGAUAGAGUUGGCUACGUGAGUGGAUAUGGAGUGACAGAGAGCGGCAAGGAUGCCAAUGAACUCCGUUACGUCAGCGUGCCAGUGGCCAGCCGGCAGGCCUGUAAGACUUACUUAAACAAGAAAAGUCCGGCAUUUAGGUACCCCAGCAAUAAGAAAUAUCUAUUUUCCCGAAACAUGUUUUGUGCUGGAUUCCCUGAGGGCUCUCUUAAUAAAGGAGACUCGUGUAAUGGUGACAGUGGUGGGGCCUAUACCAGCCAGAAUAGGCAGGAUACUUGGGUGGCCACAGGGCUUGUUUCAUGGGGCUUUGGCUGUGGUCAGGGCUAUGGAAUCUAUACCAAGGUCAGUAAUUAUGUGGACUGGAUUAAAAGCUAUGUGGGUGAGGAUGCAUAGUGUUCCAUGAGAGCAAUAUAGAGAUAAACACUGCAAAUAUCGAACUCUUUCUUUCAUAAUGGGGUUUGCCUCUUUUAAUAAAAAAACAGCCCACUCUAAUGUAAUGGCUACUGAAUGGGGUCAUGGAAUAAUCACUGGGGGUACAAUAGGGUAAUACAAUAACAGGCACAAACAUUGGUAGUAACCAGUAGGAUAUCUUUAGACCAGAAAACUCUGACUUUACCCUCUUUGUUUGUCUCUAUAAUUGUGUUGUGAUUGUAGCCUGUUAUGCACAAAAAAUGUGUAGAGAUAAUAAAGUCGAAAUUCAGUUCAAGGAAAUGAUUGAGCUCUCUCCAUGUCCAAUAAAUCUUCAACUAAACUCAAAAAA